GCGCAUGAUUGCAGCACUCCUCCAGAGCUCUUAGAAUUCUAUUUCAUUUUGUCAGUUAUACUGCAUCCUAUGUUUUAAGAUUGCAACCAACUGAUAGAGACAUAUGCCAGGACUUUGGUAGACAAUUUCUGGAACAAAUCAGCGAAGUUGAAGUGAGUUAUUUCAUUGGAAUAUUUUUGAUGACAUUGACUUAUCUUGUGACUGAGUCAGGAGGCCAUGCUUGGAUCAUUUUAUGCAUGUAUAUACUCCUUACUUGAACUUAAAUACAACAGAGGACUUGAAUAGAGGACUAAUCCUAUUGCUCCUCCCACACAAUGAGCUGCAUUCAUCUCCUCUUACUGGUAAUAAUAGGUCUUCCAGUUUAUCUGAAUGAACCCUGGACUUACAAUGUUCAAUCAUUAAAUCCUAACUUUGUUCAGCAGCCCCUCAUUAGGAAGCACUUUCUUAAGAGAAGAAUUCUGUACAAUUCCAAUAGCUAUGCUUCCUUCCAGAUUGAAGUACUGAAAGCUGGAGAUAUUCAUAGGAACCCUGGGCCAACUGCUAAUGUUAGUGAGGAAUCUGUACACACUCAUGCACAGCCUAAGUACAGUCGUGAGAGUCUAAUUACUAUCCAGAAGGACUGUAAUAGACGGCUACCGCGUGAUGUUUAUUCUAUCAUUAAGUCCCUUGGACUUAAUCGUCGGAGGGCAGCUCAGCAGACAAAGGCGCGAACUCAACUUAGAGUAACAUGUACAUCACCUCUUCAGACAUCACAUUAUGACCAUGAUACACAACAGUCACUUGCUCUUUCUGCAACAGAAGCAGGCAUUGCAGAAUACCAUAUUCCUGUUGUCGAAUUUAUGCCGAGGCAUAACCAGCCUAUCGAACACUCAGGAUGUCAUAGCAGAGGUAUCAGCAAUCUUGUACAGAUACCGCGAUCCCACAUCAAUUCUGCUGGACAGGAGUCACUCACACUUUGCACUGCCAAUUUCAGGUCAUUAAGAAAUAAGUCAGCAGCAGUUCUGGACUAUGUUCGUGACAGUAAAGCCGAUCUAUACGCGAUAACCGAAACAUGGCUUACCGAGAAUGACGCAGCAGUCAUUAAUGACAUCGUCCCUCCAGGUUACAAAUUCCUGCAUCAUCCACGGGCUUGUCGUCGAGGGGGAGGAACAGGUCUCCUUUACAAAGAUACCAUCGAUGUUCAUGAGGUAAAGGCUGGUGAAACGAAGUCAUUUGAAUUUGCUGUAAAUAACAUCACCUUUGGUUCAUGCCAACUCAGAAUUGUUAAUCUCUACAGACCACCAUACUCUGAGAAUCACCGCAUCCCAAUUUCUACGUUCUUAUCUGAAUUCAGCGAGUUUAUUCAACCACACCUGAUGUCUAACAUUCCAAUAAUUUUGACUGGGGACUAUAACAUUCAUGUUGAUGUUAUUGAUAAUUAUGACUCAAGAUUGUUUCGAGAUUUGUUAGAAUCUCUUGGAUGUGUUCAACGUGUUAAAGUAGCUACUCAUGUAUCAGGUCAUACCUUAGAUUUGAUCAUUACUCGACAGUCUGAUGACAUUGUUUUAGAGCCACCUUGGUCGGACUCCUUAGUGUCUGAUCAUAUGUCCAUUUUCUGUACCCUUAAUGUUUGUAGAACUCCUUUGCCGGUGAAUAAGGUGUCAUAUAGGAAGCUAUCCAAUGUUAGAUUAGAUGCACUUAAUAAUGACCUUGCCUCAUCUGAACUUGGUUUAAAUCCACCCGAUUCUCUUGAUGACCUAGCCUCAUCAUAUGAUUCUACCUUACGGUCUAUCCUAGAUAAACAUGCCCCUAUGUGCUUAAAGAGUGUUAAUAGUCGUCCUAGAGUUCCAUGGUUUACUGAUGAUAUAAGGAUGGAAAAGAAGAAGAAAAGAAAGGCUGAAAGGAAAUGGAGAAAAUCCAAAUCUGUCUCUGACCUUAAUGCUUUUAAGACAGCUAGAAAUAGGACAUUAUACGUAAUGAAUAAGGCCCGUUCUAAGUAUUACACUGAUUGUAUCACUGAUAAUAGCUCAAACCAAAAGAAACUCUUUGGCAUAACAAAGUCCUUACUGAACAUGACAAAGAGUGAUCUUGUCAUACCUCCUAGUGUUGACAACUAUGAUUUUGUUAAUGGACUAGGAGACUUUUUUUAACAAAA